AUGAGGUGGUCGGCCCUCCUCACCAUCGCCGCCUCCCUGGCGGCCCUGAUUCUUUCCCUCCUCUGCCUCUUCGCCGGCAGCACCAGAACCUUCCUCCAAUCCGCCGACAUCAUGACGCUCAACAUCUCCCAGAUCGGCCAGGCAGAUGUCUUCAACACCACGUCCGACGCCGACGACAACUUCCUCGACGACCUUGUCAACGCCGCGCAGGACGAAGUCAACGAUCUUAUUGGCGAUGCUGCCGAGGAACUCACUCACCGACUGAACAUUUCUGACUUCUAUGUUGUGCAUGUUAUGAAUUACUGCCAGGGAAUGUUUGAGCCGAACGGCACGGUGAAAGGCGCGAAACGCAAUGUGACGGAGUGUUCCAAGCGGAACGCGGCGGCGAGGUUUGACCCUGGUGAGACUAUUCAGGAGCAUUUGCCGGAUGGGAUUACACUGCAGGAUCUGCAGUGGCCGAGCGAGAUUGAUGAUGCGAGUCGGGGGUUGAGGGUGUUGAGUGUGGCCAUGUUUGCGUUCUGGUCGGCGCUGACACUGUUCACGGGUGGGAGAUUGAUUGCUUGUGGAGUGUUCUUGUUGUCUGUGUUUGCUUUCUUCUCACUAGGUAUCGCAGCAGCGAUGGCGACGGCGGUCUCGGUCAAGGCUGUCAACUCGAUCAACAAGUACGGCGAGCCGAUUGGCAUUCACGCGACAAGGGGAACGCAAUUCCUAGGGAUGAGCUGGGGUGCCGUUGCGGCCAUGCUUGUUGCUAUGCUCGUUGCGGUGUUCCAGGUUGUUCGUGGUCGGAAGGACAGGACUCCACCCAACUAUCGCAAUAGCAAGAUCUGA